AUGCUUCUGCUCCGUGGUCCGUCCGACACUUCCCCUUUCGAUCGACUCUUCGAUGAGCUCUCUCGCGGAACCGUCCAGCUGCCCUACUGGAGAGACGCCGAUCACAGCUCGUUCAACUUCUCCAACACUAUCGGAGAGGUAAGAUUCUGAUUCUUUUUUUUUCUAGUUUCGUUAUUAUUUCAGGUCGUCAACAACGACACCAAGUUCGCUCUGCAACUCGACGUCUCCCACUUCAAACCGGAGGAAAUGAAGAUCGAAUUGAACGGACGUGAACUCAAAAUCGAGGGAGAGCAGGAGACGAAAUCGGAGCACGGCUACUCGAAGAGAUCCUUCUCCAAGAUGAUUCUGCUCCCGGAAGACGCCGAUCUCACCGCUCUCAAAUCGGCCAUUUCCAACGACGGAAAGCUUCAGAUCGAGGCUCCGAAGAAGUCGAACGGCUCUUCCAGAUCCAUCCCGAUCAACUUCGUCCACAAACAUUGA